AUGGCAGACAUCCUGGAGCUGCGGACCGACGGCAACUCUCUGCUUAAGGCCGUGUGGCUCCAGCGCCUUCGGCUCACCAGGCUCCUGCUGGAGGGGGGGGCCUACAUCAACGAGAGCAACGAGCGUGGGGAGACACCGCUCAUGGUCGCCUGCAUGUCCAAACACGUCGACCAGCAGAGCGUGAGCAAGGCCAAGCUGGUGAAGUACCUGCUGGACAACAACGCCGACCCCAACAUACAGGACAAGGCGGGCAAGACGGCACUGAUGCACGCCUGCAUCCAGAGGGCCGGCCACGAGGUGGUGGCCCACCUGCUGAGCAACGGGGCCGACCCCAGCCUGGGGGACCGUGCCGGGGCCUCGGCUCUCGUAUACGCCAUCAACGCUGACGAUAAGGAGACGCUCAAGCUGCUGCUGGACACGUGCAAGGCAAAGGGGAAGGAGGUCAUCAUCAUCACCAUGGACAAGUCGCCGUCCGGCGCCAAAAACACCAAGCAGUACCUCAACGUGCCGCCCUCGCCAGAGCUGGACGAGAUGGGCUCCUCCCUGUACUGUACCUCCCCCUCCGACAUCCACGUGAUCGCCUGUCCCACGCCGCACCCCGCCGAGGGGGAGCAGCAGAACACGGUGGUCAGCUUCCAGACCAAGCUCAAGGUCUCCAGCUCGGCGGCCAAGCUCGCUAACGGCGUGCCCGCCUCACCAACGCGCCGGCCCGCUAACCCCAAGCGAGCGCGCCUGCCCCAGCUGAAGAGGCUACAGUCAGAGCCCUGGGGCCUCAUCGCCCCCUCCGUCCUCGCGGCCGCUGCUACCGCCGCCGCGGCUGCAGCCGCGUCUUCGUCCUCUGCUUCUUCCCCUUCUUCGUCCCACGACGACAGCAGGCGCGCCACCUCCAACGAAGAGCUGGUGAUGGGGCUGAACGGCCUCGCCCUCCUGAGCAAACGGUCGUCGCUGUCCCGACAGAACAGCGUUGACGGCAAAGAAUGCCUGUUCCCGUCCGUGAGCGAUCCCCCUUGCAAGAUGACAACCUCCAUCUCCGUCCCGCCAACCUCCAAAAUGGCGUACGACCUGGCCAUGAACCAGCAUCAGACCCUGAACCAGGCUCUGAACCAUCACCAGCCCCUGGCACGUUGGAGCACCGGGCCCCCCGAGCAAGACUGCUGUGGGGGCAGCACCGGCGGCCCGGUCAGUCUGAGGGACACGUUGGUGCACAGGAGGCGCCUAGGCAACACCGACUACUAUGACUCAGACUCCCAGCUGUACUCGGACUCGGCCACGCAGGACACUCCGCAGGUCCCGCUGGAGCGGAGGAAGCUCAACAUGUCCCCGCUGGCACUGCUCACCAGCUCCAGGGAGUCACUGGACAGCAACGCCAGCCUCUCCUCGCCCGGGCUGGCACGCCGGCGGGCACCGGGCCUGCUUGAGAGGCGUGGCUCAGGCACUCUGCUGCUGGACCACAUCUCCCACACCAGGCCCGGGUACCUGCCCCCGCUCAACAUCAACCCUAACCCGCCCAUCCCGGACAUCGGGGCCAGCAGUAAGCCCUCUUCACCGAUGGCACCGGGCAUCAGGGCUGUAGCUCCACCCAGCACCCCCAAAAGAGUGGGUCUGAAGCCCAAGAAGAAGCUGAUCCGGAGGCACUCUAUGCAAGUGGAGCAGAUGAAGCAGCUUUCGGAUUUUGAGGAGCUGGCCCAUUAGUCAGUGUCAGCACCGCGUUGAGAGGCCAUGUUUGUUUCAACAAUUUCAGGAAAUAAGGUUAUCGUUGAGCU